UUGAGGUGUCAGUUGGCAAACAAGUUGCAAUACACAUGUAUAAGUGAGGUAGUGUGAGAGUGCGUGAGUGAAUGAAUGAAUGAGUCAGUGAGUUGAGCGAGUGAUAUGGCCACUUGAUCAAUUUAAAAUGUGCUUUAUCAAUAGUUAAAAAGGUAACUGACUCUGAAACAUGUGAAUGUAACCCUCUGUUAAAGUCGGGAGAUAAGGUUUCUAAACAGUACUUAUAAAUGUGUAAUUACUCCACAAUACAAAUGUUACCUUAAAGCUCCUCUGAGGAACUUUUGGUUUGUUUUCAUUUAGGUGCCCCCUAAUGUAUGAAGCAGUCUUUGAUUAUUUUGUUAUCUCAUCCUACUGGAUUUUGACAGUCAAAUCAAAUGUGUCAUUUAUUGUGGAUAUUUUAUUUAUAGUUGUAAAACAGGUGUCUGUCUUCAGCUGCUUAGCCUACCCUCAAACAUGAGUUUUCAGCACAAAAAAAUAGGAUUUAAAAAUGGCUAGUCUUAUUUCUGAUAGUCUUGUUUGUUUCAUACACCAUUAAAGGCAACAGUAUAAAUUUGGUGUAUUCAAUAAACAAUUGGUUGAGACUCAAAACUAAAGGUGAUAGAGCUUUCUCCAUCAGAGCUCCUCGACUUUGGAACGACCUGCCAGAGGAGAUAAGGCAUCCAGAGAUAGUCACUUCUUUUAAGUCAAAUUCAAAAACUCACUUUUACAGACUUGCUUUUAUGUGAUGCCGUCUUUUAUCUUUUAUCUGUCACCUCUUAUCUCCUUUAACUGUAUCUUAUUUCGGGUUCUGUCCUCUUAACUUGUGUAAUACUUGUACUCUUUUCUUAAUUAACCUUUUAGGCCUUUUAUUGUUUUAUCUCUUGCUCAUUUCUGUUGCUCUAUUUUAUCAUUACUAUCAUUAUCAGUAUUACCUGUUAUUAUUUUAUUAUCAUUGUUGAUAUAGCCAUUUAUAUUUCAAUUCAAUUCAAUUCAAUUAUUUUAUUCGAUUAGCAUUUAAAAUCCACCCACAACAGAUACAUAGUAAAUUUCAAAAGCAUCAUAAAGCUAAUCGAAAAGGUGUAGGCUGAAGCUCAUGCUUAUUUUGCCUACCUUACCUUUUGCCUUAUUUACUAUCCUGUUUCCACUUUCGACUCCCCUUUUAAUUGCAUUUUCUUUCUUUUUUUAUUAUUAUUAUUAUUAUUGUUGUUGUUGUUGUUGUUAUUCGGUGUAUCUCAUAAACACAAAAAGAAGACUUCACAGGAAAUUUAAAAACAGGGGCUUUAAUGUGAACAUGAAGUAAAUUAGCUAAAUAAGGGCUGAAGGGGGUGUCUUACAAAUAUGACUAAACCCUUGCUCAUGACAACCGUGAUCAAAAGUCAUGACGAAAGCUGUGUUAUUCAACGUAAUAGCCUAUCUUUAAAAUCUAAGGGAGUCAAUAAUCACAAACAUGAAAUUGCCCAACUUUAUGAGUGAGGAGGUUUUUUCUUUUUUACAUUGUAACUCAGAUUUUAAACCGUCAUUUUUAUUUGCCUCUUGCAAUUUUUUAAUUGACGCUUGUCUGUUGUCUUGUAAGAAUCUUCUGUGACCAUUUUUAAAUAAAACCUUUAAAAAAAUUCCAAAUUUUCCGGAAGUUGUCGACGUUUCGCCCGUGAAGUCUCGCGAUAUUGCGCGUAAGGUCAGCGUUCCAUGUGAGAUCUGCUGCGGUCAGACGCGCAACGGUGACCUGAGCUGAGGACCAGAAACACCUCGAGUCUGUGUUUUCUCCCCACGAACAUCUUGCCUGAUUGCGGUCAGAGAUGGCCAGAGGAAGCCGCAGCCGGCCCGCUGCUCCAGCCAGGUACACAUUUCAUAUCACCUUCACAGCUGUGUGUGUGUGCGCAGACUACUACAGAUAGUGUGAGCAGCUCUUGAGCGCAUGUCAUGCUACAAAGACUGCAGAUAUAUAUUGUGGUCACAUACAUAGUCAGACUUGCUUAACACAAGUAACCUCAGUAACUUUAUACAACACACACACACACACACACACACACACACACACACACACACACACACACACACACACACACAAACGCACGCACAUGCACAUAACUUAUUUACGUGUUGCGUCAUCAGACUCACUGAGAGCAUGUCGGGUCUGCUGUGAUGUAAGAUCCUGUCAAGGUCAGCACAGGUCCAGGGAGAUCUGCAAAGGUCUGAGUACGUGAAGAUUAAACCUCAUCAGAGCUGCAGGAAAAUAAAAGUACUUUUCACUGUAUGUUUGAAUACCUGAUAUUAAUAUUGUUUUAUGACACAUUACAAAAAGUAGUUAAAGGCUCAUGUUUCUCAUUGUGUGUUAUCAGUUCUUCUUUCACCAACCCUCUGUGGACCUUAGACUCCAGAACCUGGUCUACUGUGUUCACUGACAGUUAAAUGUUGCCCCAAUCUUGCCUGAUAGAGAAUUUCAGCUGCUCAACAGUUCAGGGUCUCCUUUGUCCUAUUUUUGGUAUCAUGACAAGUCAGGACUGCAUCAGGCCAUCUUGUCAGCUGCACUCUUCUACUACAGAGCCAUGCUGUUGUAAUCCCUGUUGUCAGAAUGUGGUUUGUCAUUGUUUUGCUGAAAUAUGAAAGUCUUCUCUGAAAAAGUCAUUGUCCUGAUGGCAGCAGAUGUUGCUUAUAAACCUGUAGAUAUUGUUCAGCUUUAAUGGAGCCUUCACAGAUGUGGAAGUUACCCAUCACAUGGACUCUGAUGAUCCCCAUACUUUCAGGGAUGCUGACUUUAAGAUGAUAAUAAGCUUGGUUGUCCCUUUACUCCUUAUCAUAGACACUGUAUCCUCCAAGGAUACAGUGUCCAUGAUUUACAAGAGGAAUGUUAUAUUUUGAUCUGUCAGGUGAUUUUAAGUCAAUCCAGUAGUUUCCCUUCAGAGUCCUGUCUGUUUUUAAUGCGGUGCUGCCUGAGGGCCUGAAGAUCUGCACCAUCCAGUCUUGGGCCCAAUCCCAAUCCGCCCCCUACAUACUCACCCUACACACUCACCCUCCGUUUGCACAUUCCUGUGAAGGCUUCGCCGUAUUGAAGGCCAUCCCAAACCACAAAGUGCGGAGGGCGAGUGGACCAUUCAGCCCAUAAAUAGCGUGUCUGUACCAAUGCACACUUAAGGCGGCGUAGGUACUAGAUGUGCUCGGGCUGCCCAGCAACAAGACAUCACACUACGGCAAGUCCAAUUGGACAAACUAUAUUGCACUCCAUUUAAUCAGUCAGAUGUGCUUGGCUAAAAGCCCCUCGCGAAGUCAAAUGUGAUCAAAAGGUUGUUUAUUCAGUUGACCUCGAAAUCUCCCACGUCAUCCGAACCAACUUCCAGCCAAUCAUAUAGUGAGACGUCAUCAAUUUUGCGCCAGCAAAAAUGGAGGGGGAGGAGGAAACGACGUACAAAUAUAAAGUUCUGCAUGUGUCCACUUUCAGUCUUUCUGUUUUCCGGUGGAGUGAGGAGGGCAUCGCAUACCCUCCCAUCUUUUUUAUACCUUCCUAUUUGAAUUGAGGCGCAGCUGCUAGUGUAACUUCAUUACAAGUGACACUCAGUAGUGAAGGGUGAGUGUGUAGGGGUCAGAUUGGGAUUGGGCCGUCCUUGUCCUUUUUGUACAGAGGUUUUGUACUGUUGAUAAACUUUUUACCAGUUUGGUUGUUUCUCUAACAACAUUAUAAGAAACAACAUGAACAUUUUUCAGUUCUAACAUUUGAUUUGUUCUUUUUGCACUAUUUUCUGUUAAAUAUGUACUUUAAAUGAUUUGAAACCCCCCCAAAAAUGUUUUUUUUAAAUCAACAUUAUUGAUAUUGAUUGACAUUGAUAUCAAUUUUUUUUAGAACAUAGUUAAAGCUGAGACAGAAACAAAUUGAAAAGUUAUCCUGUUUAAGUUUUAGCACAGAAACCUCAUGAAUAUUGAAUCAACAUUUCUUUUCCAGCCCAGUUUCAUCCCACCCUCCUGCCCCAGCUCAUCCUCCUCCAGCCGCCCUGGCCCCAGCUCCUGCCCCAUCUCAGGGUCCAGGGCUCAUGGCCCAGAUGGCAACCACUGCGGCAGGGGUGGCUGUAGGCUCAGCUGUUGGUCACGUGGUUGGCAGUGCCCUCACCGGAGCAUUUAGUGGGGGGAGCAGCAGCAGCUCAGAGCCAGCCAAGCCUACACACCAGGUAAGAGGAGGAGAAGGAGGAAGGGAUGGGAUUUUGGGGAUGAUGACAAGGAAGCGAAGGAGGGUGAGGUCACUUGGGAUUAAAAGAAGAAUUAUCUCUAUGGUCUUAAAUGGAGAUUGCUGGUCCUGCCAAAUGUCAUGUGGGAAUUAACUUCCCAUAUGACACAAAGGGACAACAUCAAGACUGUGAUGAUCAAUGUUUUGAAGGGACAAAAGACUAAACAUGUCCAUCUCCUGUCAAGUCUGGUCCUUUCUCCCCUCCAUCCCUGCUUGGGGCUCCUUUCCUGUGAAUUCCUGCAUUAGUGUGACAUGUCAUGGAGCUGAUCAGUCUGUGUCAUUGCUGGAAUCUUGUUGAAGUCCAGGGGCCUCAUUUAUCAACCGUGUGUACGCACAGAUGUGUGCUUAAAGAGUGCGUACGAACAUUCCUGCGCAAAGUCUGGAAUUUAUCAACCUGUACUUGUGCUUAGGAACGUGCGUAAAUUUAAGCACAACUCUGACCAUGCGUACACACAAAACCUAGUGGUAGGACAGUAAAACUACGAAUAGAACCCAUUAAAGGAGUCACAGCGUUCCGCAAUCUCAAGCUUCACACAUGUUCCCGUUGCCUCUAUACAAAAUUUAUCAAUUAGUAGUUUAGCAGACAUUUUGAAUGAUUGGUGAGACAAGCUAUAAAAAUCUGCUGUGACAGGACAACCUCACAAGAAUUCUUACAAGUACAAAUAAAAGUAUCACGGUUUAUUUUGCGCUAUUGGAGGACUUGGACAAGCGUCUGCUCCUCCGCUGGGAGCGCGUUUUCAAAGAGCGUGCUGAUCUGUUCAGUGAGAACUCAGAGUGGAUUCUCAGCAGGUACCGCUUCCCCAAAACAUUUGAAUGGAUUUACGCCGUGAUUUACUAUCUGUGUCUGAGCGAGAAACAAAACGCACCAAAGCCAUUCCAGUGCACAUCCAGCUCCUGUCCACCUUAACCCGAACAUUUCAGCAUGAGAUUUGAGACAUAUGCGAUAUUUCGCAGCCAACGCUAAACAGAAUCAUGCCGGCAGAGUUGGAUGUAAUAAUUUCUCCGGCCUCAAUUUACAUCCAGUUCCCAAACACACAUCAGCAACAAGCCGAAAUAAAACAAGGAUUUCACGCCAUCGCUGGAUUCCCAAACAUAAUUGGAGCCGUAGAUUGCACCCACAUCGCAAUAAAAGCACCUUCACACAAUAAAUUCAGAUUCGUCAACAGGAAAAGAUUUCAUUCAGUCGAUGCACAAAUAAUCUGCGAUGCACAUUUGAUUCUGUUAAACGUUGUUGCCCGGUGGCCUGGAGGAACGCACGACUCAUUCAUUCUGCAGAAUAGCGCUGUGAGUGUGCACCUCCAGGAGGAGGUAAAACAUUCAUACACGCAUUUUUAAAGGGAUUGUUGAUGCCAUAUAUGGUCAAUUGGAGGCGUUCCUGAAUGCAAAUUACUCUAACCAUGCACGAGCACGGUAGUAAAGAACAGGUGGGAUUUAUCAUCACCGAUUACUUACGUGUGUGCGUACGACCGGUGUCCGCACGUUUGAUAAAUAUGGAUUUUUUUGUACUUAGGCACAUUCUAAAUUUCAUUCCUACGCAAGAAUAUAGAACCUUUUCUACGCACGAUUGAUAAAUAAGGCCCCAGGUCUCUGAUCACUCCUUCAGCUGGUCUGUAUUGUUGCACAGUAACACCACAGUCAGCAAACCAGUUUCUGGUGGUUUCGGUGCUGUGGGCAGGUCCCAGGUCCUCUGGACUUAAUGAAACACAGUCGACUAGCAGCAGCAGGUGACAUGGCACUCCAAACCACCACAGACCGUGGACAUUUCCUGCUGGACUUCAAGCACUUGGAUUCUGUGCCUCUCUGAACUUCCUCCAUACUCUGGGACCUUGAUUUCUAAACGAGACACUAAACUGACUUACACAGUCAGUUUAACAGUCAGUUUUGUGAACUCGACAGGGAUAAAUGGUGUUUAGGACACAGCAUCAGCUCACAGUGCUGGAACUAAAAUGACCAUUGACACUCUACGUCUCCUUGACAUCAUUGUUAGUCUUUAUCCAUGGUUGUAUAUGCAUUGACUAGACUACAGGGCAUUUUACAGAAAGCAUCUUCCCACAGCGCCAAAACUGCUUCCAAAUAUUUUGCAAAGCCUCAUCAUUCAUCGUCAUGUUCACAACUGUCAAGUCAGCACCCUGAUUGUGGCUCAGUGUUUUAAAGUAGACUGAGAGAUACUGUUUCAGUAGUGAUUUAUUAAAAUUCUGAAUUAAAUAAAUUCAUAAAUCGCUCCAUUUAUUGAAAUAUAUAUUUUUGAGCUGUAUGUCAUGAUAACGAAUCUACAAUAGAAAGCACUUUGUUUGUUUUUACCUCCUCAGAGAGCUGGUGGAAAAAUGUUGGACUUUUCCAGGAUUUUCUUGUUUUCUGAGCGGUUCCUGUUAUCAACAUUAAUUGUGAGCUAUGUUUCCUCUGCAGGAGCCCCCCCGCCCCCCCCAGGUCCAGCAGGGCCCCUGUCAUUUUGAGGUCAAACAGUUCCUGGACUGCGCCACCAACCAGAGUGAUCUGAGUCUGUGCGAGGGCUUCAGUGAGGCGCUCAAACAGUGCAAGUACUCGCACGGUGAGUGUGACAGAUAGGUCACAUGACAUAGCGGGAGGGGUGCUGCAUUUACCUAAAAGAUGAUCAUUUACAUCAGUAUUCAGAUUAGGGGUGGUCCAAUGCGUCGAUUCUUCAAUUUAUCAUGAUGGGGCACGUGAGGAUCAAUUAUGAUUUAAAAAUGUUCAAAAAUCAAUUAUUUCCCAUGAUAGUGAAAUCACAGAAGGAAAUCUUUUUGAUCACAAUGAGUUCAUUAAUAAAUUCUAUUUUAGAUACACCAGAAAACAAUAUUUAGACAUUACAAGAGCAAUCCCUGAGGCAAUGAAGAAUACGAUAAAAGGCAUGCUAACAUAUGAUUUAAUACUUCCAUGUUUGCCUUUGCCUUUUGAAAAAAAACUAGUGUACCUUAGAAACCUUACCUUAAAAACCUUAGAGCACCUAUUUUUGUGUGUGAAUCAUAGACUGUAUAUACUAUGGACAACUUGGUUCCGCCUACCGCCUGUAUACGGAUUUGAAGCCAAAUAGGUCUCAGUAUUUCCAGGAUUUUUCUUCAUUUCCUGAAUAAAACCAUGAAAAUUUAAGUUUAAAUGCUAAAAAAAAUCAGUCGUAAAAUCAGAAUAUUUAGAAGAAUAAGUUAAAAAUAUAUAUUAAGAAUAAAGUCAUAAUAUCACAAUAUUACAAGAGAAAAUAGUUUAUUAUUUUGGAAAUGGAGUCAAAUAGAGGAAUUAAGUUAUGGGAUUAACCACCAUUUUAAACUCAGUGUUAGCCUGUAUUUUAUUGUGAAGGGGAAUACAGUAAAAGCAGCUGUCGCCAUUACAAUGACAAACACUGAGCCUAUUGUGAAGUUAUACUUGGAAGAUGAACAAAAAGCCUGAAAGGAAUUUACAAAAAACUGAGUCCACUGGAAAGAGAGACAGCCUGACAUGCUGUAUAUUUGUAUAACUGGUUUUUCUGUUUUGCUCUAUUUUACACUGUCUGAGUGUGUUGGCUCUGGUUUUACUGUGAAGUUUGUACCUUUUUAAAUGUAAAUUUUAUUUAUUGCUCUUUCUUUACUUACACUCAGGGUUUAUCAUGUUGAUGUGUGUUUUUGUGUCUCUGCAGGUGUGACAUCUCUGGUCUGAAGGUUUGAAGACUAAACAUCAGGACACACCUAUUAGCACAAUAAAUAUAGCUCUCAAUGAAACUCACAGACUGUGAACAUGACCUAGACAGUAAACAUGGGCACACUGUACCUCAGGCUGUGAUUGGUCCAUUCUAUGUGAUGGAAGACUGUGACAUGUAUGAAGUGUUUUUGCUAAUGUACAGUGAAGAUGAAAUUUUAAUAAAUAGUUUAAAAGUGCUACCUGUCUGAUCAUUUGUAUUAGAUUAGAUUACUUUAACUUGUGUCACACAUCUAUACCGACACUAUCAUUCUGAAUGACCAACCUGAACCAAUAGGGGGCUCAAAAAAUGUCAGAUCAGACAGUCAUGACCAAAACCAUUGCAUACGUAGACGCCUCAAUACGUGCUGAAACGUAAUCCAGCGUCGCCGCCAUAGUGGAUGUGUCUCCUCCAGGCUCGCGCAUGAGUCAAACGGAGCCAAUGGAGAACAAGCAACUAUGCCCGUAUUUGUGAACUCUACGGUUGAAAAAAAACAGACGCAGUAUCCAGAUCACAUAGGAUUAUAUUUUGGCUGAAAUGUAUUAAGAUUGAAAAUUUUUUGGGUUGUUUUUAAUAUGUGACAGGCGCAGGGAGACCCAUCCAAGAUGGCGUCCGCGUUGAUACGUGAGCUCCAAUAAGCAGCGUCAGCCUCUGAGGUGUCUACGUAUGUUAUGUCUAUGGACUUGACUGCGUUAUUAAAACAUCCGAUUCUGCAUACAAAAUAAAAACGUUUCAAAUAAAUAAAACGGACGUGAAACGACA